AUGAACUCAAAGCCAAUUGAUAAGAACUUAUAAACAGUUAUACAUGGAUGGUCGGGAGCACUUGCAGGAGCAAUAUCAACUUUGAUAUUGUAUCCUAUGGAGAAUAUAAAGACAAGAAUGCAAACCAAUGAAAAAAAUAGCAAUUUAAUUUAAAUAAUCAAGAAAGUGGCUGGGAACGAAGGCAUUUAAGCUUUUUACAAGGGUAUGACCCCAAUGCUUGCAGGAAACUUUAUAUCAUAUGGAAUUUACUUUUACUGGUAUUAAUUAUUUAAAGAUUACUUUAAUGUCUAACAAGGAGACAAUUUAUCUUACUUGAAAGUGUCUAGUUUAGCAGGUAUAAUUACAACAAUCGGCACUAAUCCAUUUUGGGUUGUUUAAACAAGAUCAGUCGUUGGAAAUUAAAACAAUGAUAAUUUCUUAAAGAUUAUGCUAUAAAUGAUUUAAAAAGAAGGAAUUCUUAGUCUUUUCAAGGGACUCUCAGCUUCUUUGAUUUUAGUCAUCAAUCCUAUAGUACAAUUUAUAACUUACGAGUAUCUUAAAGAAAAAUUAUCAGGAUCAAUCAGUUCUUAAUUUUUAUUGUACUUUAUUUGUGGUGCUAUCUCUAAGGCUAUUGCUACAAUAAUAACAUUCCCUUACUAGGUUAUUAGAACAUUUACUCAUGUUGACAAAGAUAAAAAAUCAAAAAGCCUCAGUCAAAUAAUAAAGAAAAUAUUUGAAGAACAAGGAUUUUAAGGUUUUUUCAAAGGUCUUUCUCCCAAACUUAUAUAAACAGUUUUAAAUAGUGCAUUCAUGCUCUCGUUCUAUGAAGAAAUUGUUAAAAUUAUAUAAUUUUACGUUACAAGAAAAUAAAAUUUAAUGGAAAGAGUUAAUUGA